AUGAGUAGACGUCGUAGAUCAUUUGUUGGUAAUCAGCAUGACUCAGUAUUAAGCACAGAUGUGCAUGAUACUGUUAAGGAAAAUAACAAUAGCAAAACGAACGAAUAUACACUUUUCUCAGCUGCUUGUUUACAUGUCUGUAAUGAAAUCGCCGCAGCCAUUCGUCCAUUAUAUCCACCGCGUGUAUGGGAUGAAUUGGGUAUUGUAUUUUAUGUAACAUUCUGGAGUUUACAGUCAAGUGACUUAGUUGUCCCUGAAUCAGCUUAUCAACGGCAAAUUCAACAGUUGAAAGAACAAAUUCAACAGAUUGAUGCAUCUGGAAGUACUUGGAAUUCAGCAAAAAAGAAACGUGAAAUAGAACGUUUAGAAAAUUUAAUUGAGCGAUUGAACGCUGAGCAAUCAGAACGUGAAGAACAUGUCACUCGUGUACGUGCUUGGCUUAUGACUGAACGUGACAAUUGGUUUCAAACAAGAUUGGCUACAAAAACUGAUACAAUUACACAAUUCUUACAGUUGUGUAUUUAUCCUAGAGUGUGUUUCACUGCUGCGGAUGCUAUCUAUGCUGCACAAUUUAUGCAUGUAUUGCAUCAAUUAAAAACUGCACGAUUUUCUACGUUAAUCUGUUUAGAUAGAAUCUUCAAUGAUAUAACCCUACCGACAAGUAUGUGCACUGAAGAUGAAGCACAUCGCUAUGGUCGAUUUCUGUGUGCAGUAUUAGAGUUAGUUAUGCGUUGGCAUGCUAGUGAAGAAGUAUUCAAUCAAGAAUGUGGUCAAUAUCCUGGCUUUGUUACAGUCUUCAGAAAGACUUACCAAGGUUUAGACGCUAACACAAAACCGGAUCAAUUACAGUAUGAAAAUUAUCGGCAUGUAGUGCAUAAAUGGCAUUAUCGGAUAACAAAAGCAAUUGUUGCAUGUCUUGAAUCAGGGAAUUAUGUACAAAUACGUAAUGCAUUGAUUGUACUGACGCGUAUCCUACCACAAUAUCCAAAAAUUAUACAAUUUGGCAGUGCUGUAGAAAGGCGUGUGAUCAAACUAAAAGAGGAAGAAAAAGAUCGUCGUCCUGACUUAAAGGCUUUGGCAUUCAGUUAUGCUGGUUUAAUGCAUCCACGUAAGGCUAAGUGGGUUAGUGAAGAAGAGUUUCAUUUAAAAGAGAAGACAACACGUCCUGAGAUUAAUACCAGCUAUUCGGUUAAUCAUCAAAACCCUAACAGUGGUAGUAAUAUGAAUACAUCCCAAUUCUCUAGUCGAACUGUUUCGCAUACAGACACUAGUGGUGUUACCGCUACUGCUACGCCAACUACUGCUCAUAAUCUACGUGGGCAGUCAACAGUUAAUCAACAAACAAAUUCUUUUAAUCCUAAUUCUGCUAAUGCUAAUACUACGGGUAGUAGUAGCAGUAGUAGCAAUAUCCAGUCUUCUGCGCCGGCUGGUAACGCUAAUACUACUAGUACUACUGUUAAUACUUCAAUUGGUUCUUCAACAUUUGAACCGCCACAUGUUUCUGUUCCUGUACGUCGGAGUACGACAACAAAUAGUUCAGUAGCACCACCGUCAAGUGGAAAUGAAACACGCUUACGUAGUCAAACAGCGAAUCCUCCUGCUGUUUCUGUGGAAACUUCAAAAUCUGCUUCAACUGUGAAUACAUCUACAUCUGGUUCAUCGUCUACGGGAGCAGUGGCUAACAACAGUGUUGCUAGUUCAGCUACAUCUCAAACCACUACUCAGAGCAAAUUACGGUCUAGUCAACGCCUAGAAGCGACCGUGUCAGUUACAGAUGAAGAUGCCCCUGCUGUAUCAAAUUCUCAGUCUCAUUCAUCAUCUAAACGUCGUCGAGUGGAAACAGUCAAUUCUAAUAAUACCAACAGUGCAAAUGGUUGUGUUCUGACAAUGUCUUCGUCGAAGGUGAGCACUUGAUGCAAUUCUGUCUAUAUGUCUGUCUAUCUCGGUGUGUUAUAUGGUGAAAUCUACCUUAAUGUGAUUACCUGCAAGUUCACAAAGAAAGCAGUUAACACUUCUAAUUUAAUUGAUUAAUCUAUUGCCCACGAGCCGUUUCCAGUAAUAUUCUUUGGAAGGAGUUUAUUUUUCUCAGUAUCAUGAAGCUAACUUCAUUGUGAUCUCAAUGACAAGUUGGAUGUGAUGUGAAAAGAAAACAGAAUUCUUCAAUCCAACUAAUUUAUCCUGUCAAAUGAAAGUUUUAGAAGUGAAAAGCAAACUUCUAAAUUAAUUAACUACACAACUACUCACUUUAAAGUAGGCACAUUCAAAUAGCGAUUCCCAAAUAGGCCGCAACGUGAGUCCUGAAUUCCACUGCUAGCCACCACUAAACGGAUCACUUGGAGUUAUUACUCUUGGUUAUGUGGAGGCAUCUGUUGAAGGAAAUGACGUAUCCUAAUGAAAGCAAUCGACACCUCUAGUUUAACUGAUUGAUAUAUUUCUAACGAACCUUAUCGAGGAAUAACAUUUGGAAGGUGUUGAUUUUUGGAGUAUCAUAAUCGAUACUUAAUGAUUGUAAAUAUGUCUCCUUGGAACUAUAAAAUACAUGAAUAUGCUGUCGAUAAAGACGUUGUUAGUGUAACUUUCACUCAUUCUUGGAGGCAGAUAGUAAACCAGUUGUAAGUUGAAGUUAAUCGACUAUUGAUGGUACAUGGAUGUGUGUAAAUAUGUUUCGUAAACUGUUUCCCUGCUUACUACUGUGUUUUGGAUCUCUGGCUAAGUCGAUAGACUCACUUUUCAUCCAACCUUUGUUAACGAUGUUGUACCAUUCGAGCUUCUGUGAUCUUCUUGAUGAUUACCUUUAAUUGGGAACAUUUAAGAAACUGUGUUUUGUAAUAUUUGGUGGAAAUUAAGAAAUUAGUCCAAAGUCAAUACCUCCGGUUUUUAAUAUUUUUUACUGGUACCAAAGCUGUUGUUAUCUCUUGAAAUGAUGGAGAGGACGUAAUUGGCGUUCUUGCGUUCUUUGAGCUGGACAGUUCAGUUGUGAAGCCAAUUAAUUGUAAUGGAGUGUGUCGUGAAAAGAUGACAAAACUUUCCUAUCCAUUUGGUUUACUGUGUCAAUGAAAGCUUGAGUAACGAUGGGAAGACAUCCAAGUGUCUUAACUGUACACCAUCACUCCACGGAAUGCUGGUACAUCCAGCCGACGAUUACACCGCUAGCCACCACCAGACAAGUCCCUUCGAGUUAUCAAUCUUAGUAAUAUCGAAGCAGCUAUUGAAGGAGCUGACAUACGAAAAGGCUUUGGUCAAUUUAGUCCAAAUACAUAUUUAUAUAUGUCAGUGGGAAAUCACAAAUAUGAGAAUGAAUAACUACAAGGUGAAAUGAGAAAAGAGGUGACAGGUGAAGAAGUCAAUAAAAAGAAGGAGAAUUUGAAUAUUUCCGUUCUUAACUGAUCUAUUGGUCAGAAAGAUGAAGGAUAUUAUAAAUGGGCAUCUUAUAUCUAUCGUUAGACGGUGUGUGUGUGUACGUCUUUGUUAGCCAACUGAGAACACAAUACCUUCUUACAAAGUAUUUUAGAAACUUGGAUUACAAUUUGCUGACUUUAUUCACCUUGAAUUCUCAACGAAUUGGUUUGUGUUGUUGUGUGACCGCGAGAUGGGUGUUAUUAUGUCUUGCUUUUUUCAUACUGAGG